CUAUUUUUGAGAUAUCAAACUACCAUAAAUUUUAAAUAAUCAUACCAAUUAAUUUUUCUAUAUAAAUAUUGAACAAUAAUUGACUGAAAAAUAGUAAAGGUCUAGCUUCAGCAGUAAAUAUGGCAAAAUUAAUUAUUUUAUUUUUGAUGACUGUUAUUGCUGUAACUUAUAUAGUUUUUGCCCAAGCAGAUUAUUGCCAGAUGUCUUGUAAGCUAAAUAAUCAAUUAUUUACACACAUCAUUUGUCAAAGAAAAAAUAUGAACUGUGGUGCAGGUCCAGAUUGCGGUUCAAGUUUUAACCCAAUUGAUUUAACUGAAGAAGAUAAACAACUAAUCUUAGAUGUGCACAAUGAAUUACGAAACAAAGUCGCAACUGGUCAAGAAACCAUUGGAAAUCAACCUCCCGCCUCAAAUAUGAAUGCAUUAAGCUACAAUGAAGAAAUAGCCACUUUUGCGCAAUGUCACUCCAAUGAAUGCCAAUUUAAACACGAUAAAUGUAGACGAACAGCCGAAUGGGAGUGGGUGGGACAGAAUCUAGAAAAGAAAUUCUCUUCAGAUGGCAACGUCAGAGUGGCGAUCAAUGCAUCUAUCCAUAAUUGGUAUCGCGAAGUUAAAAGCUUUAGUUCUUCUUGGAUAAACACAUUUGCUGAACAUGGAGUAAUGAUUGGACACUAUACUCAAUUAGUAUGGGCUGAAUCGAAAUAUGUCGGAUGCGGUCUAACUAAUUAUUUAUCAGGUGAUUUGAACUAUUUCAUAUUCGCCUGCAACUACGGUCCAGGAGGCAAUGUGGCAGGAGCAUCUGUAUACAAAAUCGGUAGUCCUGCUACGGAUUGUCCAGGAGGAGAAUCGGCAAAUCCUAAUUAUCAAGGACUGUGUGGAUCAGAUGACCUCUGAAUUAAAAUUAAUUUUCGGAGACUAAAAUAAAAAAGCACAUAUUAAAAAAAAACAGCACUACAAACAUUGAUUAAAAUUUUAUAAACGUAUGUAUGUAUAUUGUAAAUUACAUAUUUUAAAUAAAUAAAAUUUAAUAAGCAUUUUUUCUGCACAAACCACAGAAUUAAUUUGUGAGUCAUAUCAGUCUACUGAAGGGAUAUAAUUUCAUAUCAAUUCUAGAUUUUAUAUGAAAUCUACCAAUCUUCCCAGAGACUAUUCCAUUUUUAUUUGAAAUGAGCGG